AUGCUGCUGCCGUUGCUAAGGCUGCGGCCGUUGCUAGGGCCGCGGCGGUUGCUAGGGCUGCGGUUGCUAGGGCUGCUGCUGUGGCUGGGGUGGGCGGGCGGGGCUGGGGGUCCCCCGCACGUGGUGCUGGUGCUGUCCGACGACCUGGGCUGGCACGACGUGGGCUUCCGGGGCUCGGGCCUCCGCACCCCGCGGCUGGACGCGCUGGCGCUGGGCGGGGCCCGCCUCCACAACUACUACGUGCAGCCCCUCUGCACGCCCUCCCGCAGCCAGCUCCUCACCGGCAGGUACCAGAUCCACACCGGGCUACAGCACGAGAUCAUCUGGCCUUGCCAGCCUAACUGUGUUCCUCUGGAUGAGAAGCUCCUGCCCGAGUUUCUGAAGGAGGCGGGCUAUGCCACCCACAUGGUGGGGAAGUGGCACCUGGGCAUGUACCGAAAAGAAUGCCUUCCGACCCGCCGAGGAUUUGAUUCGUAUUUCGGAUAUCUCCUAGGUAGCGAGGAUUACUAUUCCCACGAGCAUUGUGUGUUAAUCAGAAGCUUGAAUGUCACCCGAUGUGCCCUUGAUUUUCGAGAUGGAGAAGAAGUUGCAGUUGGAUAUAAAAAUAUGUAUUCCACCAAUGUAUUUACGAAAAGGGCUACAGACCUUAUAGCUAGCCAUCCACCUGAGAAGCCUCUUUUUCUUUACCUCGCCUUCCAGUCUGUUCACGAGCCCCUUCAGGUCCCAGAAGAAUACGUGAAACCCUACAGCUUCAUCCAAGACAAAAAGAGGCGUCAUUUUGCAGGAAUGGUGUCCAUAAUGGAUGAAGCAGUGGGAAAUGUCACUGACGCCUUAGAAAGGCAUGGGCUGUGGAACAACACUGUGUUGAUCUUCUCCACGGAUAAUGGAGGGCAGACUUUGGCAGGGGGCAACAACUGGCCUCUAAGAGGAAGAAAAUGGACACUGUGGGAAGGCGGUGUGCGAGGGGUCGGCUUCGUGGCGAGCCCCUUGCUGAAGCAGAAGGGAGUCAAAAAUCGGGAGCUCAUCCACAUUUCCGACUGGCUGCCCACCCUGGUGAACCUCGCCGGCGGGCGCUUAAACGGCACCAAGCCCCUGGACGGCUAUGACGUGUGGAAAACUAUCAGCGAAGGAAGCCCAUCCCCCAGAGUGGAGCUGCUGCACAACAUCGACCCUAUGUUCGUAGACCCCUCGCCAUGUCAAAGGAAUAAAGUGACUCCCUCAAAGGAUGCUUCCUUUCCUCAGGACUAUUCCAUUUUCAAUACAUCUAUCCAUGCUGCAAUUCGACACGGAAAUUGGAAACUGCUCACUGGAUACCCAGGCUGUGGCAACUGGUUCCCACCACCAUCUUUGCUCAAUGUCUCCAGGAUCGAGUCACCUGACCCUCCGACCAAGACUCUGUGGCUGUUCGACAUCGAUCGGGAUCCUGAGGAAAGGCACGAUCUGUCGAGAGAGCAUCCUACCAUAGUGAAGAAGCUGCUUGCCCGGCUCCGGUAUUACUCGCAGGAUUCAGUGCCCAUAAAUUACCCCGACGAGGACCCCUACUGCGAUCCGAAAUCCACCGGCGUGUGGGGGCCGUGGAGGUAGAAUGCCUCGUGCCACCGGAAAACAGGAAACUGCCCUCAGGUGGGAGGCUGGAGCCCUGGGCAUCCAGUCACGUCACUCUCCCCUCGUUCGUUUCCUGCCACCCCCACCCCCCCCCCGGCCAGGCGCUCCCCAGACCUUCUUAUCCUUAAACCACGAUGGAGAAUCCGGUUUCAACCCCGAGUGCCUGAUGAGCGUCGACGUUUGUGUGGCUGCUGGCCUUUGGCCGGGCCAUCUGUCUAAAGCAUAGGGGUCCCCACUUGUGCCCUUGUUCCUCAGCUGCAGGGCAGCUGGGGAAUUUUAUUCUGGGUAGGAAGUUCACAGUGAAUCCUGGAGGCAGGCCUGGCCCUCUCUUUCACCUCACAAGUCCGUCGUCUGUUGGAUUCUGCAAUUGCCAACAAACCAGACUACUGGCGACUGACUCAGAUUCUUGUAAAAUUCAAAGGGAGCAAACAGUCACUAGCAGCCACGUCGACAAGGGUUUUCAUUCCACCCAUAGGAGUCAGAACCGGACUUUUCCACCUGAAUUCAAAAUCUGUCCAUCACCCCCUCCCCUCCCCAACACAUGAUAUGUUUUAUUGAGGUGAGACUUCACCUGUACCCUCUUCCUCCAAUUUCCCCUUCUUCACAGUGAUCCUUUUAGUUUCAUGUGCCCCUCUUCCUACCCUCAGACCUCUCUGCCAGUGCCCUUCUCUCAUCUUCACCUGAGGCUAGGAUUGGGGUGGAGGGGGAGGAGACAGAUAUCAGAAAGGGAUGCAACUCUCCUCGGGGGGCUCAGCACCACCAAAACUGAAUAGUAAGCCCUCCUCCCUCUCCUUCCCUAGAUGAACCAGAGGUUGAUGGCAUGAGCUGAAUGGUUAAGACUGCACCCUGACUCAGAGACCGUGCUCAUAUCCAGCUUAGCUUUGCAGUUGGAGGCAGUGUUCCCGUCAGGGAGAGGGAGGGGAGGGAUUGGUAGGGUUUGUGUUGUCUUGGGUUUCUUCAGGGACUGUGGGAGCCCAGAUAUACCUUCCCCAGUGGGGAUAGACAUAGCUGAGGCUCAGACCUGAAAGAGGUUAUUCCUGAAUGCAGUGGCAGUGGUGGCAGUCCAUGCACAAGAGCAGGGAGGAAUGUAAAGGGGCGUUAUAGGAUGGACUCAGAAGGUGCAGGGAAAGGUUUGGAGCGUGGGAUACUGAUGGGAGCAGCUAAAGGAUGACGGGAGGCGGCGGAGGUACCAGUCAGAUUCCAGGAUCUGGGCAAGGGGUUGUAGGGGGAGAUGUGUCCAGCUCUCUUAGGGCUAUGUCACAACUCCUAGCCUGGGCCACCCUCAACUCUCAGCUCCCCCAAAUCCAUGAGGAAACGUUUGGCCCCCGGGGAUGCUUGUGCCAAGAAGACCGAGCUAGAGGCUCUGUGGGCCACGGUCACCAAGAGCAUGCACUUCCUGAAACUGCUUCUUUCACCUCACUGUUUUCCCACAAGCCCCCCUAUUCCACUUUGAGGCGGUAGUACAUUCUCCAUUCUCCACGUGGUCCCCCCAAAACAUUAGUUAAUAAAGGUACCAGUCCCCGCUUCUCCAAAUAUCCCCUCCCAAGCCCUUCUCCCAGGGUUGUCCCAAAGAAGUUGAGCGUCUGAAGUCGGGUCAGAUUUUACUCAGGUUACUGUCUCCUCCAUCAAGGCCCCUGAGCCCGAGAUCAUCAGCAUCAUUUCCCAUAGGCCACUGGAGGGUCUUUCCUCAUUCCCAUUUUCUUGUCAUUUUCAAACACGAGGGCAAAGUUUCCCCCAACUUCACGAGCCAGUCGUAAUCUUCAGCCUGUAGUUGUUGGGUAUGGCUUUGUACUGAACAACCAUUUCAGGCACUUGGUAGAUAGUGGUUAAUCAGUCACUCUGAUUCAGGCUUUAGAUUUUGUGUUAAGAAUCUUUCAUUAUAUUUUUUAAAAUGCUCUUGCUUGAUAUGUAAACAAAAUCCCAAAAUGCUGAGUAGGCAUUAAAAUUUUGCUUUCAAUGUU